GACUCGGUGAAUUAACAAAUAGGUUCGUGGCGCCUGAAGUAAACAAAGAAUGGCGCUCUCCAGCAAGGGCCUCACCACGCUACUCGGGAUACUAUCGGAAGAAUCUACUGAAUCGUUUACCUUAGAAAAGAUCACACAUCAAGUUUACCAAAACUUCAAUAAGGAAGACUAUUUUAAAUUGGGCAGUGCCUUGGUGUUCCUCCUGCAGCAGCCAGACCUGCUGCCCACCGCCUCACAGAGACUCUCAGCUGUCACCAUCCUCCAUGAGCUGUACCGAGGGGAGCCGCCGCCUGGCAACCCAUUCCUCCCAAUCUUCAUCAACAUCUUGCACCCUGUGGAUGAUGCUGCAAAGGGCACAGCCAAGAAGCUGGAGUUUGCGGGGCAGGUCCCAAGGUUCACUCAGCCGGAAAUAUUCUUCCUCUCCACCCUGCUAACAGACAAGAACAGCAAAGAGCUGCUGAAGAGAACAGCCAGCCAGAUCAUGAGUCUGGACGUGAGCAACCACCCGCCGGCUGACACCACCAGUUUGAAACAGGCACUGGCAGACCUCCUCUCAGAGCGACCUGACACUGCCAAGAGUGGUGUGCCGGUGGUCUACUCCUACCCUCAGCUUGCACCUAACUCUGGGCUGUUGAGUGAGCCGGGUCAGGUGAAGCGGACCUGUGAGGCGCUGCUGUGUGGGCCGUCCUCUCCCAGCUUGGCACAGCAGUACUUCUCCCCAGAGAUCAUCAGACUGACUCCACCCCUGCAUGUGGCUGAGGAUGAGCUGGUAUGGAUCACCUCAGUGGACCGGGCAGAGCAGCGGGUGAUGUACGAUGCCUCCAUGUGUGUGCUGUCAGGAGGAGACGCGGAGGCCAAGCGUCUGAUGGCCAAGGCGUUCAAGGAGACCCUGUCCUUGCCUCAGCAGCAGCACCUCCUCACUCAGUUGAACCAAGACCCUCGCAUGGUGUACCACACUGGCCUCACCCCACCUAAGUUGCCAGACCUGGUGGAGCACAACCCACUGAUAGCCAUCGAAGUGUUGCUCAAGCUGAUGCAGUCCAGCCAGAUCACCGAGUACUUUAGUGUGCUGGUCAACAUGGAGAUGUCCCUCCACUCCAUGGAAGUGGUCAACAGACUGACAACAGCAGUGGAGUUGCCAUCAGAGUUUGUGCAUCUGUACAUCAGCAAUUGCAUCAGCACCUGUGAGACCAUCAAGGACCGCUACAUGCAGAACAGACUGGUGCGCCUUGUGUGUGUCUUCCUGCAGUCACUCAUCAGGAACAAGAUAAUUAAUGUCCAGGAGCUAUUCAUUGAGGUGCAGGCAUUCUGCAUAGAGUUCAGCCGUAUCCGAGAGGCAGCAGCGCUCUUCAGACUCCUCAAGCAGCUCGACUCUGGUGACACUCAGGCCACACAGGAGCCUACCAAGAAGUGAAUACACACACACACACACACACACACACACACACACACACACACACACACACACAGAGCAAUAGGUUAGUGGAAAUCAUUGCCAGAUAAAGUGUGCAAAUACUGUUUAUAAAUUUAAAGAAAAUGCAAAAAUUUGACAUAAGUAAUGGGACAAGCUUGAUGCAUUCCUUUAUGGGUAAAUAUAUGUAUAUAUUGCUCUCUCUCUCUCUCUCUCUCUCUCUCUCUCUCUCUCUCUCUCUCUCUCUCUCUCUCUCUCAGCUUAGAUCUCUGUUUGACAGAAGCAGAUAUUCAAUAAGAUUGAAAUCUUGUACACAUGCUAAUUCAUAGCAAAUGUGAUGGUUUUAAAAAAAGGACAUGGCAAGCAUAACUCAAUACAAUAUGAGUACAAUUACAUAAACAUGUGCACACACACACACACACACACACACACACACACAGACCAAAACAAACUUGGAUUCAUACACUAACAUUGAUGUAUAUAUUGCCGAAAAUAUAAUUUAGUAUAGUAAUGUAUUUGCAUCAUACACCUGUUCAUUCUCUCACCCUCAUUAUUCAUGUAUGACAUCUGGAUUACCAAGACACAGCCAGCCUCAGUUCACUUGAGUCCUGUUCACAUAACACUCCCUGAAGUGUAUCAUAAGUAUGGUCAAGAUCCUUUCAUUAGCGGGUGAUUAACACUAGUUUGCAGCUUUUAAUGUGUUGAAAUUAUUGAAAAGGAGAAAUUGUAUUGAAACGGCACUCAGGAAAAAAUGUUUGGGAGUAAUUCAAGGAUUUUAUGUUUAAUUUGUAUAUUUUAAGAAAAUUGGGUUGUGCUUUGGUAACAUUGCUAGAUUUUGGGCAUGUCAUUAUCUUGCUCCACAUGAUGCCACUGCAGCAAAGAGACUAAAUCACUGAAUUGACUUGUGGCUGUGUAAGUCUCUUGUCAAUGAAGCAAGAGGUGUGUCAUGGUGCCAGGCUUCACAGUCUGUCCCUUCACACAGGACUUGCCAGUGUCUGCGGCUGUGCUUCACAUGACAUUUUCAUUCUCACUUUCUGCAUGAUACUAUGUAUUUUAAAUAACAGAUUUAAAUUGAUUAACUAUACAUACAUAUAUAUAUAUAUAUAUAUUGAUGAACUAUUUUUCAACUAUUUUAGGACUUUGGUUUUAGCAUGACCACCAUUUUGAUAUCAGAACCUGAAUGGCCAAAGAGUCAGUAGGACGAGUGGCCAUUCCAUUCAGUAAUUCCUAACAUGUCAGGUCCUGCCUGCUCCGGGUUCUAUUGUCUUCCCACUGUGUGUGUGUGUGUGUGUGUGUGUGUGUGUGAUAGUCAGUCAGCCAUUCACCUACAUACUGCUACUGUAAGUAAACAGACAUCAAUGGUGUCAGGGAGGUGAUACAGUUGUCCAGUGGUGUAUAUUACAAGUUCUCACCAGUGCUGAAGACAAGUUUCAGUAAAGGUGGCAUCAUGGUAGGCUCGAUUUAAUUAGCCAGAAGGAUUUUACUGGCAAAAUACUAAGUCUAGCUCAUGGCAAUUUCUACAUCAUCUUUGAUGGUGUUAUUGACAUUGAUGUUGGCAAAAAUUCAAAUUUUUCAGGGGGAUAUGUUAAAUGAAGUAAGUUAUAAACACAAGCCAUGGCUGUCUUCAUACACAGGAAGGUGCAAAGGAAGUAAGCCCAGUGCAACUCUCACAUUUUAUACUCAUUAACAGGAGUACUAAAGGACCAUCCCAAGUUGUGAGAUCAACCCUAUGAAAUCCUCAGCAGUCAUCACCAAACCAAAACAUAUUGUUCCUCUCUAUCAGUCUUCAGGCCCAUCCUCACCAUCAAGCACAGCUUGACGAGCACUGCCUGCAUCCAGGCUAAGUUCAUGGGCACAACUGCAGUAUUGUCCACACUGUGACAAUCUGGGCCAGUCACACCCUCCCAGACAACUGUCAGAGUGAGUCAGAGACAGUGUCUGCAGAUAUCACACAACUAACAACACAGGCACUUUAUUAGUACUUUAGAGGGCACAAGUCAAAGGGAUAAACUGCCAAUUUGUGCUGGCAGUCACAGCUUGAUGGUGUGGACACAGAAUGUCAAGUGAAUGGAAGUAUUACUGUGACAGCUGUACACUGUACACUAUUAGCAGAGUGUAAGGGUAGGUGACAGUAAACUCAUACUGCUCAUACUAGUAUACUUACCUUUGCAUGAUGCCACCUUGAGAUGUGCAGUGAGGCCAGUGGUGGUAACAACAGGUUCACACAGGACAAGGCUGUUAGGUCGGGGUUGUGCUAUCCAGGAAAUGACAACAUAAAAUUGACACAUGUAAUGUAGUUUUAGUGCAGAUUAACACAAGCACAGUAACACAUUUCAUUCCAUUUCACUCCAGUGCAUAACUGUCUGCAUUUUUACAUGGUAAUUUUAUAAGAUUAUAUUGUCUAUAAUGUAAUGGUUUUCUUAAGUGUCAGCAAGUAAUCAUGUUUAUGGAGACAGAAUGCUAGAAGUAGAGUGUAUAUAUAAUAGGAAAGAGGAAGGAAGAGAACAGCAGCACACUGUCCUUCCUGUGCCAGACCUGAGGGAAGGUUAAGUGUUGCACACAAGGUAGUGUUAAUGGAGCCCUUGUGGCUAUAACUUGUGAACUAGUCACCUGUGCUUCCUGUGCACAGAUAUUUAUAAAAUGGUGUUAAUAUAACGGUAGGACAAUUUGUAUGUACAAUAUUUAUCUUAAACGUGAUUCCUCUAUUAGUCGUCUAUUACAAGCUUCCCCCCAUUUACUAAUGACUCAUUAAAAAAAUAAAAUAAUAAUAAAGAAAGAAAGAAAAUAGACAAGAAAUAAAAAAAAAUUUUUCCCUGUAUAUUUGCAUUAUAUAAUGUGAGAAAUGUUCCUUUGAAUAUGAAUUACACUUUUAGCACGUUGCAUAUGGGAAGGACACUGUGUACAAUGCCUGUGUGACAUUUUAUUUCACCACAGCUACUGAUUGUGAUGCACAAACAAGCUCACCAAUAAUUGUAGCAAGAUGAUGAUAGUUGCACUCUGAACUGGCUAUGACUUUAUCAUUCUGAUUUUAAUUGCUGUUACAAAUUUUGAGAUUUUUGUUUGCAGAUAUUAAUUAGACAUUCUUAAUUAAAUCAAGAGAAGAAUUUUCAGUCAAGCAUUUGUAAUUUGGGGUUAGCUUGUGCUCUCUCUCUCUCUCUCUCUCUCUCUCUCUCUCUCUCUCUCUCUCUCCACUAUGAUAUAUUUAUAUGAAGUUGUACAGACAAUGCUAUUUGAAUUUUUCAUUUUAACCUACCUAUAUUUACAUAUCUAUUUUCUUUUAGAUCCUAUAAUAGUAAGUGUGAGCUGAUAUACAGACUGGGUAGUCUCUAACUGAAAUUAAAUGCUGCUGCUUGUGAUUCUGUAAAUUGUAUAGCAAGUGAGUGUAUUGCCUGCCAGUGCCUGGAGGUCUAGUAGUGAGACACUACUGGCCACAACUCUCCUGGCUUUCACAACAACACUCAGCCUCAUUGUCCCAUCACUGAACCAGUGAAACAGUGACUUUAAGGAAUGAAUUACAUCAAUUAUUUGAUUGAGCUGGAAGAAGAACAAGCAUUUUCCUCACCACCACAGUAAUGCUUUCAUCAUAACUAUCACUCUUAGUCCAUCACUGUUGUGUUCUCUGCUCUCUCAACACUUUGUAUAGUGAAUAUACCAUUACCUUCACUGUAAAUGUUCAUGCUGAACAUCAUUACUAUAAGUGUUUUCAUUAAUCACAUCACAAUAAAGUCAUCAUUCACCAUCAACAUAAUACAUUCUCAACAUUGCCAAUCACCUUCACAGCAUUGGAGAGGCUGUCACAUCAUUACCAUAGUUAGUAUUCUCAUCACAACUAUCACCACUUGAGUAAAAUCAGCACUGUUGUACUUUUUUUUUUUUCCAUAAUCUUAGUAAAUACUGCCAUGACCACCAUCAGUAUGGAUAUUGCUCUCACCACCACCACAUUAUUCACAGCAAAUUUUUUCUACCCGUCUCAGAUUCAAAACAUGGAGCUCUGAAAACUUUGAAAAGCAAGUUUCUCAACUCUCACGCUAUUUGAGAUUUAAUAAUCUUGAAGAGCAGAUUUGUCUUACCUCUUCCCUAAUCAAAGACCUAAUGAUAAUGUUGAGCAGAUUUCUCUUAAUUUUGGCUUGAUUUUAGUAUUCAUUAUAGUUUUGAAAGAGCAUAUCAAGUAAUCUUUCACCUUGUCAAAGAUCUGAUAAUAAUAAUAAUAAUAGUUUUGAAUAAUAGAUAUGAAGUAAACUUUUGCCUGACUUAAAAAUUGACAAUAACUGUGGGCAUAAUCCUCUCUCAGCUAAUUUAAGAUUUUACCUCUAAGAAUGAUUUCACAAAAUGCAUAUCUUUAUUACCUGUUAAAAUAGUCAGUGUCAGUAUUUCUAGUAUCUUGUUCACUGUUGGUAAUAGUGGUGGUGGUGGUGGUGGUGAAGUAGAAUAUCUCACAAUAAAUAGGCUUUAGCCAGUGGACAAAUGCAGAACAUCAAAUUUGGUUUGCUUAAAAGCUGAUGAGCUGCACUGACCACUAUUGGUCUGAUGGUUCCUAUUGCUGUUAGUUAGAGUCACCUUUUUACAAACUAUUCUGAAGCACUUUCCAGCAUAGAGUGUCUUGCAUGAAUAAUUGGACUGAGUGUUUUUGCAGCAGUGGAGCUUUUUCAUGUCACAAGUUAGUUAAUAGUAUAUGAGUAGCUGUGUUAUUUCCCCAAAUAAGAUAUGUCACACUCAGCUUGUGAACUGUACAUUGUGCAUAAUUCUGUACCAACAUACUGCUUGGAAAGUGAAGUGUGACAUAGUGUUUAACAGGUUAUGACAGUCACCUACUAGUAGACUUAGAUUAGCAGCAGGUUCACUCUCCAGAUUGAUAACUUAUGAUAUUAUGAUUUUACUAUUACAUAAUGCCACACCUGGAAUGAAAAAAAUAAAUAAAUAACAGAAAUAUGAUGCCAAUGAAUAAUGAAUGUGCAUUAUAGUAGGGACAGUUACACAACAGGUUUUUACUCAUGAGUGUACUUGUGUGGUUGUGGUUAGCAGUCAAAUAAUACAAUGCACUUUUCUCCACUGUGUACAGUGUUUUUCUUCAAUCUCUCAUCCUUUGGUUUGCCAGUAGUCUCUUUAUAAACUGACACCUGACAUUUACUUAGCAAUCAGGGUUUAGACUGAAGGAACACAAAACACAGUAGUAGAAUGCAGUGUGGUGGAUCACUCAAUUUGUACUCACAACCACACACACACACUCAGAAAUGGACCUACCAUGUGAUGUUUGGACUUUUAUUACCUCAUGCAAUUACCAAAUUUGCCAGGAUAUAUGGCACACUGUCAGAAAAGUAAACAAAUUUAACUUAUUUUUGUUUGGACAUAGUGAGAUACUUGAAAGAGUAAAAAAUAAAUGAAUAAAAUAGGGAUGUCCUAUAUCCUGGCAAAUACUGCACUGUUUGGAUUUCUUUUUGUGUGUUUACUGUAGUGCCUCAAGUGUUGUAGAGAUAGUGUGUGGCUUUUGUUUGACCGUCACAACUGUCACCACACUACACGCCUCACUCAAGAUGUCAUGUCACAAGUCUCAAUUAGUAAACAGUAAACUUAACUAAAAGAAUGAUGUUUUUGUGAUAUUUCUAUGGAAAAUAAAUUCAAUUAAUAAAGGUAAUUAGUAGUCUAUAUAUCUCUAUAAGUUGCUAUGACAUUUGAAUACCUUCAUACAUCUGAUUCACCUAUCACAUUUUUGUCAAGGCUUGUGUCAUAUUAAUAUGUAACAUUUUUGUAAGGUAACCAUUAUCUCCUCAAUAAAUGCCCACUUGUAA